AUGUUGAGCGUAAAGCCUAGUCAGAAUCUCAUUCUUGAUCUGCAUUCAUCACGAUACAAUGAACCCCUAAAGCCGAUGAUUGAAUGUCUGCAGUUUUCCCUAAUUGCUCAAGCUUUGAUAAUGGUAGAUUCAAUUCCACUAUUUCAUCUCUCAAAGGCAUAUUCGUUUGCAACAUACCUUCAACCUGAUGGCCUCAUAACCUUCAAGAAACCAAACACAAAGGAUCAAAAGGAUAAUGAAACUUCUACAUCAAAAUACAAAGAGAAACUAUUUAAUGAUGAAGAAGAAGAGGAAGUAUUAUUCGAAGGUGAAAAGCUGAUAGGAAAGAAGCGUGAUGUUGAACUUGAUAAUCUCUUAAGAGUUUACAAAGAGUUAGAAGCGAAGGAUGCUGAUGCCGAGAUUGUGAAAAUCACUCUUGCAACUUAG